AUGAGACGCAACACAAUAUCGAGCGCCAAACGCGCAGCCACAACCGCCACCCGAACCAGCCUCGCACACUCUCGACCAUCUCCACCAUUCAUCUGCGCCGCCUGCAGACUCACAGCAGCAUCGACUGCCUCCCAACGACCCUUCACAACCCUCCCCUGUCGCAACCAACAACCCUCCCCCUCUCCCACCACUCCCACCCCCAACCGCGAAUCCAUCCUCCCCCAAACCCACUACGACCACUUCCCCACCACCUUCCCCAACGGCCCCCCGCCCAACUCCCCCUUCACCCCCAACCUCCGCGCCCUCCGCAGCGAAUACCUCGCCCUGCAAUCCAAAACGCACCCGGACCUCGCUCCGCAAUCGCAAAAAAGGCAAGCAGAAGCACGCAGCAUGCGGCUGAACGAAGCGUACAAAACGCUCCAAGACCCGCUGCGGCGCGCGCGGUACCUGCUCUCCCUCCGCGGGAUCGACGUCGAGGACGAAGCGGUGCAGAUGGGGGAGAAUGAGUUGUUGAUGGAGGUUAUGGAGGUGAGGGAGGCGGUUGAGGAGGCGGAGAGCGAGGAGGAGGUUGCGGCGUUGAGGGGGGUGAAUGAUGGGCGGGUGGAGGCGAGUGUGGGUGUGCUGGAGCGGGCUUUUGCGCGCGGGGAUAUGGAGGGGGCGGCGGUUGAGGCGGUCCGGUUGCGGUAUUGGAUGAAUAUUGAGGAGAGUAUUGUUGGGUGGGAGAAGGGGCAGGGGGGUGGGGUGAUUCAUCAUUAG